AUGCCGUGCCUUGCGCGACGUCGAGCGCUGACGUGCACCGCUGCCCUUCGAGUUGCCCAUCUUCGGCACUCUGCCUACUCGACAACGAGCGUACUUCUGUCGACUCCCCGUCGGACGAGUGACUUCAAUUCUGGGUACAGCAGUAGCUACGAUCCGUCGCAGGAGACAGGGCGCGGUCCCAUCUUCAACAAGCACACCUUCGGGGUCCCGCAGUUCUAUCCGCGGGACCUGAAGAGGCGGGUGGACGACUACGUCGUUGGACAGGACCGCGCAAAAAAGACGAUAUGCUCCGUCAUAUUCAAUCACUAUCAGGCGCUGCGCCGGCGGCAGCACCACGAGCUGCAGGACCAGCAUUUCCGAGAGAAGCUGCAGAGGCAGAAGUACGCCCAGGAUCAGGAUGUUUUUGAACGGGCGGGUUACAACGGCCCCCGAACGCAUCCAGUCGAAGAUGAAUUCCCGGGGCAUCAAGAGUCCCUCCGGGGCGCGUUCCAAAUCCCCGAGAGUCUCUACGAGCCCCAGGCAGACGAUUUUUACAUCCCAGAAGACUUUUCCAUGCCAAAUCAUGUCAAGAUUGACAAGAGCAAUCUGCUCUUGAUCGGACCAACUGGCGUGGGGAAGACAUACAUUCUCGAGACCCUGAGCAAGAAGCUCAAUGUACCCUUCACUAUCAGCGACUGCAACUCGUUUACACAAGCCGGAUAUAUCGGACAGGACGUCGAAUCCUGCAUUGAGCGGCUGCUUAUCGAAGCCAACUACGACAUCAAAACCGCCGAGCAUGGAAUUGUCGUGUUGGACGAGUUCGACAAGAUUGCCAAGCGCGAGACAAUAAACGGGAGAGACGUAGGUGGCGAGGGCGUUCAGCAAGCUCUCUUGAAGCUUGUCGAAGGGACCAAGGUUACGAUAAACAUUAAGGAUCACAGAUCGUCGCGCACGACAAACAACCCUCCAGGCGGCUAUGGGCCGUCUAACCAACAAUCUACUCCGCCACCAGGAAAGGUAGACCAAUAUACCAUCGACACGACAAAUAUCCUCUUUGUUUUUUGCGGCGCCUUCGUCGGGCUGGACAAAACUGUCCUCCGGAGAGUCGCCAAGCCGUCCAUCGGCUUUGGCUCCGAAGUCCGCGGUCGGGCAGCGUCCAUGGCGGGAAGCAAAGACAUCCUCCCCCCAGAAAUGUACACCCACUUGCCGCACCAACCCGCCUUGGCAAGCGGCCCUGCCUCCAGCGGGUUCACCCCGCUAGACCUAACCACGCCCGCGGACCUCCAAGCCUACGGCUUCAUCCCCGAGUUGAUCGGACGCCUCCACAACAUCUGCGCGCUCACUCCGUUGUCCCUGGACGAGCUCUAUCGUAUCCUCACGGAGCCUCGUAACAGCCUAGUCGCGCAGUACACGGCCCUGUUCGAGACAUACCCUAGCAAGCUCUUCUUCACGCGGCGCGCGCUGUACGCUAUCGCCGAGAAAGCAGCCAAGAAUGAGACGGGCGCGCGGGGGCUCAAGAUGGAGAUGGAGCGGGUGCUCGCCGAGCCCAUGUUUGAGGCCCCCACGCCGUACGUCUUAAUUACCGAGGGGUGUGUCCAUGGGACGGAGAAGGCGGGUUACUGGGGCAAGGACGGGAAGCUGGAGCUUGAGAGGAGGAUGCAGGAGGAGGAUGAGAGGCGGGAUAGCCAUGCGGAGGCGGAGGUGUCGUUUGAACAGUUCCGCGAGGCGGGGCAGAGUGGUGCGUAGCUCCGUUUUGAGGACUUCCGGCUAUCAAGAUUUAUGCGGGCGGGUUUUCAUGAUGUGGCGUUUGGGUAAAGCAAGAUUACGUAUUUGGGCCUUGACUUUGGAAGGUUGGAAGAUAAUCAGCGCAUUGCCUUUAGGUGUCGCUGGAGUAUGCGGGCUGGGCUUUGUCCAUUACAUGGGUUCGUUCUUUCCGAG